GAUUUUAACAUUAAUGAAUUGAAUGGAUUUAAACUGAUCAUAAAUGGAUCUGGUUGUUUUAGUUGCAUUAUAAAUUUGUUCUUAAAUUUCUGGACACUGGCUCUUGGAAGAAUUAUUAGAAAUCUGCUAGAAAAUGAAUUGGAGAAAUAUGUUCUCAUUAGAUUACCGAAGUACCAAUUUCCAGUAGAAGGCACUUCAUAUCGGAAUGGAUCCAAGCUUAUCCCGCGUGAAGAUGCUCAAAAUAACGAAACAUCUAUGAAAGAAAACUAUGAAAAGUCAAAAUGGUCUGGAUUUCCUCCAAUCAAAAACAAUUUGCUUGACCCAUAUAAUUCGACCAAAUAUGAAACGGCAAAUGAUUUCGGAUUUAACCAAGAAAACCCCACGACUUCCAAAUGUUUUCUACAGAAUAAUAGGAUUUCAGAAAUGGAUAAUUUUUGUCAACUAGUACCAAGUUUGAGUCUUUCCAGUAGAUUUUUGCCAAAUAGUUCUUGCAAUGAAGAUUUGAAAGGUUACGGCAACAUCGCACCGAAGACCAACUGGGGCAAGUUGGUUACCAUUCUGUACGCCAUCUUUGGCAUUCCCCUCAUGUUCCUGUACUUGACCAACAUCGGUAACAUCCUCGCCAAGAGCUUCAAAUUUGUUUACGGCCGCCUCUGUUUCAGGCGAAAACUUGGCGAUCACCGUCGAAGACGACAGCAACAGCUCGAGCAGUACCAGAUCCACCACAUCAUGCUGCAGGAUGCAGCGUCUCCCAACGCCGGGACUAACUCGAUUGUGGACUCAUCGACACUUAUCAGGAACAAAUUGAAUUCUGAUCUCGUCAAGGACGACCUCGAUGAUGACGGCAUAACCACAAGCUACAAAUCCAAGCCAAGAGUCACUGUGCCGAUCACUCUUUGUUUGCUGAUCAUCGCCGGCUACAUAUGCGGCGGAGCAGCCCUGUUUUCCGUCUGGGAAGGCUGGGACUACCUGGAUGGAUCAUACUUCUGCUUCGUCACCCUCAGCACGAUAGGAUUCGGUGACCUGGUCCCGGGCGACUCCGUGGUUUCUGAUGACGGAACCCAAGAAAAACUUGUUAUUUGUUCUCUUUAUCUACUUACCGGCAUGGCCUUAAUCGCCAUGUGUUUUAACCUUGUUCAAGAGGAGGUAGUUCACAAACUCAGAAGAGCAGGUAGAGCUUUAGGUCUUUUAAAUGAUCGCGACGAUUCUGAUGACUGAAAGAUGAAUGGACAUCCCCAAAAUAUCGAAUCAUAAGAAACGGAUCAGUCAACUCAUAUUUUCCCCUCAUUAGCAACAACUGGAAAGGACGCUGAAAAAUAUACGAAGUUUCAAGGAAAUUGAUAGAACAUUAUUUGAAGCCAGUGUAUGUAAUGAAAGGUUCAUUGUGGUAUUUUUGUUGCAAGAAUUUGUUUCAAUAAUUUUCUAGGUUCUUCUAUCUCUGAGGUAUUUAACAUGAUACAUCAUUUAAAUAUUUUCAUGAUUUUGUAAGAAUUUUAUCCACCGGCUUUCUUUUUACCCACCUACUGUAUGUCAAGUGCAAUGAACUCCUUGCUGAAUUUUUAUACGAAAGUAUUUACUCGUGCUGUCCUACUACACAAUGGAAGAUUCUCAAAGAAGCACAACUCACUUGGAGAGGAAUUCAUUUGCCAGAAAAUGGAUUCACAAAUGGUGAAUUUUGCAUACCAUUGCAGCACCAUAUACAAUUAAGACUUGAAACAUUGUUCGGUGAAAGCUAAUUUUAGCAGGUGGAUAUAACAAGGUAAUCACGAAUUAAGCCACCCAUUUCCUCUCUCAUUUUAAAUUUGCUUAUUUAAUUUGCCUUAAGUUAAUUAUGAAUUUUUUUGUGUGAAUGGUAUUUAAGUUGAAAAAUAGCAUAUACGGAACAUUCGUCUUUGUUUUACUAAGAUAUAACUUAUAGAACUGAUUAAAAUAAGACCGCCAAUAUACCUGUAUAUUUCAAAAGUUGGGAAAUAAUGAAAGCUUCCUCUAAAAUACUGAAAUGUAAUUUCCCAACUUCGUAACAUAUGUUUUCACUAUUUCAUGCAAACUAGAAUGAUUAUUUAAAAAAAUGAAGUGAUUUGCUUUAUUGUAUUCAUAUCAAACGAAAGGGUUGUGUUCUUAAAAAUAUGAAGAGCAUUGAUGGAAGGAGCUCUUGAUUAUUUUGCUAAUAACAUAUAUCAAAGCAUUUAAAAAAAGAUGCAUUUCAGAUUUAUCUAAUAAAAAUUCAUAAAUAUUCUAUCAUUUUUUACAAAUGCCAAAUGAAAAAUCUUCUACUUUGUACAGUGGAUUGGUUUCUUUACAAAGAAAUCACGACAGUUUAUAUUACACUUAAUUCUAUCUUUCCAAUGAACAAUAUAUAUAUAUAUAUGAUAAUAUACAAGUGCGGGAUUGGUUUAUUAUAGAGUUAUAGCUACAUUCCUCACGAAAAACCUUGUUAUUAGAAAAUAAGCAUUGGGAAGUUGGCUGCCAC